AUUUACAACCAAUGGAAGGGGAGGAGGGAAAUUCCCCAUGGCAACAGUGGUGUGUUUGCGCUUGUUGCUAUUCGCGUUACGUUUUCCUGCGAAAGUUCGCCCAUUUUUUGGCUUGACCUUUGAGUUUUGGCUAGCGUGAGCUACUUCCGGUGUACGUUGUGCACGUCAGAUGGCGGGAACUUCUCGGCACGACCGGGAGAUGGCGCUCCAGGCCAAACGUCAACUGGCAUCAUGUUCCGACCCGGUGGAGAGACUCCGCCUCCGAUGCCUGGCCAGAGGUUCGGCCGGCAUCAAAGGUCUCGGAAGAGUCUUCCGCGUCAUGGACGAUGACGCCAACCGUUCGCUGGACCUGAAGGAGUUCCUGAAGGGCGUCCACGACUUCGGCCUCCCCAUGGACAAAGAGGAAGCGGCGGCCAUCUUCCGGCGCUUCGACCGCGACGCCGACGGCACCAUCGACUUUGACGAAUUCCUGCUCAGUCUCAGGGCCCGCAGGGAUGUGGUGACACAGGCCUUCCGCAAACUGGACAAGAGCAAAGACGGCGUGAUCACCGUCGACGACCUGAGGGGUGUCUACAACCCCAAGUACCACCCAAAGUACCAGAACGGAGAGUGGAGUGAGGAGCAGGUCUUCAGGACCUUCCUGGACAACUUCGACUCGCCCUACGACAAAGACGGAAAGAGUGACGAGCCACCGCUUCUUCUCGCAGGUGACACAAGAAGAGUUCAUCAACUACUACAGCGGCGUCAGCGCCUCCAUCGACAACGACGCCUUCUUCAUCCUCAUGAUGAGGAACGCGUGGAAGCUUUAAAUUCAGUCGCUGUGGAUCACUAAAAUUCUUUUAUUACUUGGAAUUAAUGUUAUCAUUUUUAAUUGAUUUAACAAUUACCCUACCAAUAUGGCCGCCAUUUUUAUGAGAAAACUGCCUAAAUAUUGUUCUAAUUCUUAUUUUUGAUGCAUCCAAAACAAAAAAUGAGUACAGUGACCCGGCGAACCUCGCCCCUACCUACAUGGCCGCCGCAGCCAUCAUGAUAAAACUGCUCAAAUUCUGACUUCGUUCCUAUUUUUGAUUUGCAUUCAUCAGCAAUAAGGGCUGUCAUCAAGCUUAAGAAAGAGGUCUAGGCCUUUUUGGCCUGUGGGACUCCGGAGGUAGCUGACAGGUACCGGCUGGCCAAGCGGAAUACGGCUUCGGCAGUAGCUGAGGCAAAAACAUUGGAGGAGUUCGGCGAGGCCAUGGAAAACCACUUCCAGACGGCUUCGAGGAAAUUCUGGUCUACCAUCCAGUGUCUCAGUAGAGGAAAGCAGUACGCCAUUAACACUGUGUUUAGUGGAGAUUGGGUACUGAUGACCUUGACUUAGGACAUCGUGAGUCGGUGUUGAGAAUACUUCAAAGACCUCCUCAAUUCCACAGACACGCCUUCCUGUGAGGAAGCAGUGUCUGGGGCCUCAUAGAUGGGCUCUCCUAUCUCUAGGGUUGAAGUCACUGAGGUGGAUGAGAUCCGCCCAGAGUUCCUAAAGGCUCUGGAUAUUGUGGGGCUGUUGUGGGUGACACGCCUCUACAUCGCGUGGACAUCGGUGACAGUGCCUCUGGAUUGGCAGACCGGGGUGUUGGUCCCCCUUUUUAAGAAUGGGGACCGUAGGGUGCGUUCCAACUAUAAAGGGAUCACACUUCUCAGCCUCCCCGGUAAAGUCUAUUCAGGGAUGUUGGAGAGGAGGGUUUGUUGGGAAGUCGAAUCUUGGAUUCAGGAGGAGCAGUGUGGUUUUUGCCCCAGCCGUGGAACAGUGGACCAGCUCUACACCCUCUGCAGGGUCAUCGGGGGUGCUUGGGAGUUCGCUCAACCAGUCUACAUGUGAUUUGUGGAUUUGGAGAAAGCGUUUGACCAUGUCCCUCGGGGAGUCCUGUGGGGGGUACUUUGGUAGUAUGGGGUUCUGAGUCCCUUGGCAAGGGUUGUUCGGUCCCUGUACGACCGAUGACCGAGUUUGGUCAACCUUGCCGGCAGGAAGUCGACUUCGUUCCCAGUGAAGGUUGGACUCCGCUAAGGUUGCCCUUUGACACCGAUUCUGUUAAUAACUUUUAUGGACAGAUGCUGUUGGCUUCAUCAAGCCGUGAUCACCAACUCUCAAUAGCUGUUCGCAGCCAAGUGUGAAGCGGUCGGAAUGAAGAACAGCACCUCCAAAUCCGGGACCAUGGUCCUCAGUCAGAAAAGGGUGGCAUGCUCUCUCCUGGUCGGGAAUGAGAUCUUGCCCCAAGUGAAAAAGUUCAAGUAUCUUGGGGUCUUGUUCACGAGUGAGGGCAAGAGGGAGUGGGAGAUCGACAGACUGAUUGGUGCAGCUUCAGCAGUGAUGCGGACUCUGCACCGGUCCGUUGUGGUAAAGAAGGAGCUGAGCCAAAAGGCAAAGCUCCCGAUUUACCAGUCGAUCUAUGUUCCUACCCUCACCUAUGGUCACGAGCUGUGGGUCGUGACCGAAAGAAGUUCCCGGGUACAAGUGGCUGAGAUGAGUUCCCUCCGCAGGGUGUCCGGGCUCUCCCUUAGAGAUAGGGUGAGAAGUUCGAUCAUCCUGGAGGGACUCAGGGUUGAGCCGGUACUCCUCCACGUUGAGAGGAGCCAGCUGAGGUGGCUCGGGUAUCUGGUUUGGAUGCCUCCUGGACGCCUUCCUGGUGAGGUGUUCCUGGCACGUCCCACUGUCGGGAGGCCCCCGGGGAUGACCCAGGACACGCUGAAGAGUAUGUCUCUCGGCUGGCCUGGGAAUGCCUUGGGAUCCCACCUGGAGGAGUUGGUUGCUGUGGCUAGGGAGAGGGAAGUCUGGGCUUCCCUGGUAAAGCUGCUGCCCCCGCGACCCAACCCCGGAUUAAGCGGUAGUUAACGGAUGGAUGGAUCGAUACCAAAGAUGAGUCCAGUAUCCAAGAAAGUGUCACACUUACCAACAUGGCCGCCACCCAAUCAUGAAAAAAUGGUCUGCUGAAAUAAUAUUAAAUUAUUUAUUAAAUUAU